AUGCAAUCCAUUAACAGAAAAUGGAGAGAGCAUAGGAUUAAGCUUUGGGAUGAAUUUAAUGAUCCGGCUUUGAGCAAAACUGAAAUUAUCAACAACGUUCCAGAAGGUGUUUGUUUGGACCAUUGGGCAUUAUUUGUUGAAUAUCGCUUCAAACCUGAGACACAGCAAUUGGAGACCGGUAAAAGUGUUGGUCGGGGCCCAAUGUGGAAUUUGAUUCACAAGAGAAAAGAUGGGAGAUAUGUGAAUGACAAAGCAAAGGAGAUAGGGGAAAAAAUUGAUAAUGAUUUGAGCCAAAAUGUAGAAGCUUAUGCUGAGAUUUCUCCCAAUGAUCCUGUUGGUAAGUAUCAUGGACCAGAGCAUUCCGGUCGUGUUCGAGGACUAGGCUUAGGAGCGGUUCCUACUGUUGCAUUUAAGCAUACAACCACACGACUUAGUGGUAUGAACUUCGGUUCCUCUGGUGCUAGUUCUUCAUCCACAUAUUUAGAGAAAAAAGUGGAAAAUCUUCAGUCUCAAAUGCAAGCACUAAUGGCUUUUGUUUGUUCAAAUCAAGGAGGAAAUGUCCCCCAAGAGUUAUCUGCCUUCUUUACAAAUUCAACACAACAGCAGGCACCAGAUGGAGAUGGAGGUAGCGGGAUGCCAAAUGGAAGCAACCCAAAUUCCAAUUUAGAGGAUGCUUAG